GUUGAUGAACAUGCAAGACAAAAUAAAACGCACCAUUUCUGCAAGCGUCUAACAAACGUUGACCAGUAUUGUUGAAAUUAUUUUUUUAGUGAAACAUGGCUGGCAUUGGAGAUGACAGGAAGAUUAAGGAUGCUCAGAUGAGGGCAACUAUCAACCAGAAGUUGGUGGAAACAGGAGAAAGAGAAAGAUUAAAGGAACUGUUGAGGACCCGACUUGUUGAAUGUGGAUGGAGAGACCAACUAAAACAGUAUUGUAAAGAGGUAGUAAAACAGAAAGGAUUAGAACAUAUCACAGUAGAUGAUUUAGUGGCUGAAAUAACACCCAAAGGAAGAUCAUUGGUUCCAGAUAAUGUAAAGAGAGAAUUAUUACAGAGAAUAAGAACAUUCCUGGCUCAGCAGUCUAAUAUAUAAAGUAUAUACCUCAGGGAUUAUCAGAGGAGAGUGGACUGUACACACAUCAUUCCUUUAGAAGUGUAUUGGACUAGAUAUAGCCACAAUCUAAUAAGCAAUAAUGUUUAUAACUUUAACAUAACGAAAAGUCUAAGACUAUGUUCUUGACUUUAAUUUUUUUUUAUAUCACUUGUAUACCGUGUAUGGAAUGAUAGUAUGCGUCUCAUUUUGCAAAGUGAUAAGGAAAUGAUCUACUUUGAAACUCUUGUAGUUAAAACUUGGAGAGCAAUGUUUGUGAUUUAGUAAUAUAUACACUGUCACAGCUGGGAGUCAGAAAUUGGUUUCACUUCAAGAAUACUAUAUAAAUUACAUGUGACCUUUGAAAACAAAAUGCAUGUGUUAAGUUUACAUUGCUUGGAAAAUAUUCCAUAAUAAUAUUUGAGAAAAGAAAGGUCAACAAUUUUGAAUUUAAGGAUUAGGAUUUCCACAAAAUAUUUCUAUAAUUUUUUUUGGAGGAAACUAGAGGUCAAAAUCAUUUUUUUUUUCAAAUUUAACAAAAGAUUUUCUUUUUGUAUUAGCCACAUUUUAGAUUAGAUUUUGUCAUCUUUUGAACAGACAGUGUGCUAUUGGAGACCUUAUUUUUAAACAGCAUUAUAUAUUAUGUAUUUUUUUACUAGGCGAAGUUGUACUCUUUUAACAUUCAGUUUCUUGUCUGUUUACUUUAUUUGAAGUGAAUGUUUUAAAAAAAGUUUAAAAAAAAAGAAAUGUUGAAUGAUAUUUUGCCAUAUCUGUCUUGUAGUUAUUGUCUCUUAUUACUUGAAUUAUUGUAAUAAUGAUAAGUACAAAAUACUUAUAUCUAUUUUUAUAUAUACAUUAUUUAGCUCAAUAUAUAUACUUCUAGUCUGUUAUUCCAUAUUAUCUUUAGAGGCCAAAAUAAACAUAUCUUGGGUUCCCAUCCAUUCUAUCAUGUCAAGAUAUACAUUUACUCUUUCCCGUCCUUUUGUCUUAUGAUAUUAGUAGUCUUAUGUGCAAUCAUACCACUCUUUUUAUAUAACCCAUUCAUUGGUAAGACAUUUCCCAAAUCAUGAACUUUAUUCUGAUUAUAUAUGAUUAAAGCAUGCUUUAUCCCUUUCUGAUUUGGGGCAAUGAAACUGAAUAAAGAGUAUAUGAUUAGAUGAUUUGAAGAUAAUAUUGGUUUCAUAAGUUAUAAACAAUCAUUUAGUCUUCCAAAAUAUUAUCUAAAUUGAAUAUGAUGGUGAAAAUGUAUUUGAAUUAAAGUGCGGUAACAUAU